CUCCACAAAAAUUUUGGCGCCCAACCGCGCUUGCGUUUGAAAAAAAGAAUAAUAAAUUCCCCGAAUUUCUAUCCCUUUCUCAAUCAGAUCGUCCGGUUUCACCUCUUUCCAUCUCCCUCACCCUCUCUCUCUCUCUCUCUCUCCCUCUCCCUCACCCGCGCGAGGCGGUCCAAUGGAGCAGCAGCAUCGCAGGCAUGAGAAAGCGGUGGAGGAGGAGCACGAGGCUGAGGAUAUGCAGCAUGGUCCCUUCCCCGUCGAGCAGCUUCAGGCAUCUGGAAUUGCUGCUGUUGAUGUUAAAAAGCUCAAAGAUGCGGGCCUUUGUACAGUGGAAGCUGUGGUCUAUUCACCAAGGAAGGAACUUUUGCAUAUCAAAGGGAUCAGUGAGGCAAAAGUUGACAAGAUUAUUGAAGCAGCAUCCAAGUUGGUCCCACUGGGAUUCACCAGUGCUAGCCAGAUGCAUGCUCAACGGCUUGAAAUCAUUAAGUUAACUUCUGGUUCCAGAGAACUUGAUAAGGUUUUAGAGGGUGGAAUUGAAACGGGUUCAAUUACUGAGAUCUAUGGGGAAUUUCGUUCAGGAAAAACUCAGUUAUGUCACACAUUGUGUGUAACUUGCCAACUCCCUUUGGAUCAAGGAGGUGGUGAAGGAAAAGCGAUGUACAUUGAUGCAGAAGGUACAUUUAGGCCAGAGCGGCUCUUACAAAUUGCGGAAAGAUUUGGAUUAAAUGGUGCUGAUGUGUUGGAAAAUGUCGCUUAUGCUAGAGCCUAUAAUACUGAUCAUCAAUCAAGGCUUCUUCUAGAAGCAGCCUCAAUGAUGGUGGAAACCAGGUUUGCUCUCAUGAUUGUGGAUAGUGCCACAGCUCUAUACAGGACAGAUUUUUCAGGAAGAGGAGAACUCUCAGCAAGGCAAAUGCAUCUUGCUAAGUUUCUCAGAAGCCUGCAGAAGAUCGCUGAUGAGUUUGGUGUAGCAGUCGUGAUAACUAAUCAGGUCGUUGCACAAGUGGAUGGAUCUGCUAUAUUUGCGGGGCCCCAAAUCAAGCCCAUUGGUGGCAACAUUAUUGCGCAUGCUUCUACCACGAGGCUUGCUCUACGCAAGGGGAGGGGAGAAGAGCGCAUCUGUAAAGUAAUAAGCUCACCAUGCUUAGCUGAGGCUGAAGCACGUUUUCAGAUCUCCACGGAAGGAGUGACUGAUGUUAAGGACUGAUGGAUGCAAGCUAUCAAACUCAUGUUUUUUGGCCGACAUAUAUGUAUGCAUAUCUUAUUACAAAUUGGGAUGGAAAGUGCUGCAUCUAAGUGUUAGAAGCAUGAGUCCAUGGCUUAUUUCCAAAGCAGUUGCUUUCUGAAUGAACUGGGGUCCACGGCUUAUUUCCAAAGCAGUUGCUGAGGCAAUACCCAGCUGUUUCAAGGCAAUUUUUGCAUUGUAAAUUUCUAUAUGCGUGUGUGGAAACGUUCUUUUGUAUAUCUCAAAUGAAUGUUCUUUCCCUAA